AUGGAGGAGCGUAGGAUCGCCUCCCUCGAAGUGCAGGAGGGCCGUGGAUACGUCUGGGAUGCAGCAGGGUUCAAGCAGCAGAACGCUGUGCAUGGGCUUCCCCUGGAGCUAAAGUGGGUGCGGCUGCAGCCGGUGCUCAGGACCAGUGCUGCGGCAGCGGACGCCGCCAGCGCCGCACUUGCGAGGAAGCGGGCGCAUGAGAGCGAGAGUGACGGCAGCGACGAAGAGGCCGGGCCACGGGCUGUGGAGGGCAGCAGCGAGGCGCCUGCCUGGAGGGAGGCACUGGCCCGCGGAUCGCACUUUUGCAUUCCCACCCGCGCAGCGGCGCGUGACCCCGGUGAGGCCGUGUCCGUCCUGCCCGCUUGGACCUUCCCAGCAACGCCAGGGGAGCGGCAGCGGUAUGCGGUAUUCAAAGACCUGCUGUCGCGGGGCUUCCGUGUGACGGGGGGCUCCAAGUUUGGAGCAGACUACCUGGUAUACCCCGGCGAUCCCACCCUGUUCCACGCCCAGUUCUGCGUCCGGUUGAUGGACUACUCUGCUCCCCUGCUGCCGGCCCUGCUGGCGGCUGCGUGCCGUGCCUCCCACCAGGCCCGAAAGCACCUGCUCGUCGCGUCGCUGCUGGACGGCGGGAAGGUCAGCUACACCACCUUUGGACCCGUGGACGGUUUUGGCUGA